AUGCAAGCUCAGGCCCGGCCGCUGACUACCACCAACCUCGACCUCGACCCGCGCCAUGACUCGGCGCGGCCUGAGCCCAGCGCGAUGGCCUAUGCCUGUCAACCCUGUGUACGCAGGAAAGUCAAAUGCGACCGAGCCAUUCCGAUCUGCUCGAGCUGCAAGCAAAAGUUCGAUUGUGUCUACCAGGCGCCGCCGCCGCGACAACCAAAGCGGAAACGCAGCGAGACCGUGUACGAGCGACUGGCGCGCUACGAGCGCACGCUACAGGAGAAUGGCCUUCUGUCUAAAGCCGACUCAACCACGGUCGCUGCCAAGGAGACGAUGAGGAGCGGCAAGCUGCUGUCGGGCGAGGGAAAGGCUCGAUAUAUCGACGGCAGUCUCUGGCGCGAUUUGGGAGAGAACGACAUGUUGGAAAUGUCGGAGGAAGAGGAGGACGACCCGCGCCCUCCCCCUCCUGUCGGCAUCAUCUCGCCCACUGCAACGACAGACUUGCUCUCCAGCGCGCUGCUUGGGACCCCGCAGGAUCUGGUCGACUACCAUCCCGGCCACGAGGACGCGAUGAAGCUGUGGGCGGUGUAUGUUGACAAUGUCGAGCCUCUGUGCAAACUGCUGCAUGUGCCGACCGUGGCGAGAAUGGUCGAAAGAGUCUCACGCCAGCCGGGGACGGCGUCCAAAGCGCAGGAAUGCCUGCUGUUUGCCAUCUACCACUUUGCCGUCUUUUCGCUGGCCGACGGGGAGUGCGUGCGCGCGUUUGGACAGUCCCAGGCCGCAUUGUUGGCCAAAUACCAAAACGCCGUUCGAAAAGCACUCGUCAAUGCAUCCUGGCUCAAGACAACCGCAAUGCCCGUCAUGCAGGCAUACGUGCUCUUUCUGACCGCCUUGCGCACCCAGAUUGACCCUCACACCUUCUGGAUCUUGACCGGGGUGGCAGUCCGCAUCGCACAGCGCAUGGGACUCCACCGUGACGGCGAGAGUCUUGGUCUGCCUCCGUUCGACGUUCAAAUGCGACGGCGUCUCUUCUGGCAACUUCUCCCGCUCGACGGCUACGCUGGCCAGGUUUCGGGCACCGGCAUUUCCACUCCUCCGACCAGCUGGGACACCAAACAGCCGUGCAACAUUCACGACGAUCAGAUCUUCCCAGGCAUGACACAGCAGCCGGAAGAGGAGAAGGGGGCCACCGAAAUGAUCUACUGUCUGUCCAGGUCGGAGCUGACCAAACUCUACACGCGCACCGGCGUGAAAAUGAAGGAAGUCGGUGCCACGCUGCAACUCAGGGAUACCGCCGAACUCGACCGGCUGAUUGACGAGGUCGAGGGCACCAUCGAGCUCAAGUAUCUCCGCUACUGCGACAUCGCCGACCCGCUCCACUUCCUGACCCUGGGGAUGGUCAGGUCCGCGGCCAACAUUGUGCGGCUACACAGCCGCAUGUCGCGAUUGAUGAACAAAGGCCUCGACGACCAUGAAAGGAGACAGCUCUGUGCCCUCGCCCACAAGAUCCUCGACACCGACAGCGCGGCCUACAGCCACCCCAAGAUGAACCGGUUUCAUUGGUCUUUCCGGUCUUUUUUCCUGGGCGACGCCCUCAUAUGCCUCCUGACCAGCCUGGCAAAGGUCGGCUUCUUUUCCCGCCCUGAGCUGGAUGCCACCUGGCACAAGAUGGCACACGUCUAUUCAAACCACCGAGAGUUUCUGGAGGCCAAGAGAGCCAUCCACAUUGCAGUCGGCAAAGUCACGCUCAAGGCCUGGAGGGCCAACCCGCCCACCCACUCGGGGCCCGAGCCGGAUUUCAUCGACACGCUGCGCUCCUCUCUGCCCAAGAUCAACCCCGCCAAACGCCCGAAUCCGAAGAAGACGCGCGACACCGUGGGCGGCCUUGAUGCUCUUGAUGGAGGUCCCGAGGCUAUGUCCACGCUCUUCUCUUCUCCCAGCAGCGACGCUGGAGCCCUUUUUGGCGGUCUCGAUGGCACGGACGUGAACUUGGACCAAAACUUCAAUCUUGACGCUACCGACUGGAUGUUUUGGGAUCAAUUGACGCGCGACUAUGAGACUAUGCCAACAUAA